UCCUGCAGAGGAAGAAGAAGCUCUGUUGUGAACGUUCAGGAACCAUGUGUAACUAGUGUUUCAUUGACUCCAUUUAAAAUGAAACACUCUGAAGCAGAGCAACUGCAUCCCUGCCUCUAUUUAGAAGUCUGUUCCCAUAACGAGGAGCCGCGUCUGCCCCUGCACACCUCCAUCGUCUUAUUCCUCCUGUCUUACUGCGAGUCCAAGUCUUUCAAAGUCUUCCUGGUUCGCAGAGACAGCAACAACAAAAGCUUUCCCGAAUCCCAGAGGUUUCACCUCCCAGAGUCUCUGAGUGUGUGCGACUUUCUCUCCCCGGAGGGUCUCCCGCGGCUGGUGAGGGGUUGCCGUCUCCCGGCUGCCGUGGAUGAGAGCGGGCGGCUCUGCCGGGCUGGGCUGGCGGUGGUCCUCAGGCACAUCAUCAUCAGAACCAUCGAGGCUGACCCCUCCAGGAAGGAUGUGCAGGAGCUGCUGGGGUUUAAGAAAACGUGUCUGAAAGCUUGUGCAGAGGUGAGCAAAUGGACCAGACUGUGUGAACUGGGCAUCCCCUCUGCAGUCGAGGAUCACCUCCAGAAACCCACAGAACAGGCCCAGCUGCUGCCUCCUGCUAUUGUUACCCUCGAGCGACGACUUGCCGAGCCCGUCAAAGUACACAACGAUGACAAAAUCCGGAGACAGAAACUUCAAGAGCAGAGACAAAGGCAAAAGAACGGCACUUCUGAAGGCGAGGGAAAACCCGAACUUGAAGGACUCGAGCUCAGGGCGGCUCUGGCCAAACUGGCAGUGGAUUCAGUUCCAGCAGGAACCACUAGAGAGAACUCUGAGAUCAGGAAAGUGAAGACGACAGAUCUACCUGAACUGGAGCAUGUGUUUGCUGAGGGACUUUACUUCACUCUGACUGAUGUAGUGCUGCUGCCCUGCAUUCAUCACUAUCUGUGCUCACUCCAAGCCCACACACCGAGCACUCUGCAUCAUCUCCCCCAUCUCCUGCGCUGGUACGGUCGCGUUCAGGAAGUACCCGGAGUCCUUCGAGCAGCCGAGGAUUGUGGGUUCACGCUGUCCAAAGUCCAGGUUCCAACACCCUGCCUCUUUGGGCCACCGCAACAGGAGAACCUUGAUGACCUGCUGCCUGCAGAGGGACAGGAGGUGACCCCAAACCUUCAUUUCGUCGGCGGUCCGAGGCCCACAAUGACUAAACUCAAAGAAAACGGCAUCGAGGCAGUCUUCUCUCCUCAUCCUUGCCCUGCUUGGACUCUCCCGUGGGAUAGAUUACCAGCAGCUAUCAACCCCACUGAAGGAAAAAUGUCUGACAUCCGAGUCGUCAGGAAAAUGCAACAACUAAAUAACUUGGCUGCGAUGGUGACAGAGCUAGCCAGGCCAGGAGACACAAUAGUGGAUUUCUGCAGUGGAACGGGUCAUGUAGGGAUUGUUCUGGCUCACACAAUUCCAGAUUGCCAGAUCAUCCUCAUAGAGAACAAAGAGGAAUCUUUGGUUAGAGCCCAACGUCGCAGCACUGAGCUUGGCCUGAAAAACAUUGGUUUUCUUCAGGCCAAUUUGGAUUACUUUACUGGAGCAUUUCAGAUUGGGGUUGCCCUCCAUGCAUGUGGAAUUGCGACAGACAUGGUAUUGGAGCACUGCAUCCAGGCAGGAGCCGCCUUCAUCAUCAGUCCUUGUUGCUACGGCUUCAUCCAGAAUGCAGUCAAGUUCACCUUCCCUAAGAGCAAAAGGUUUCAAGAGACUCUCACAUCCAAGGAACACAUGAUCCUUUGCCGCUUUGCAGAUCAGACUGCGGUCCAGUUGCCACCCGAGAGGCGCCUCAUUGGAAAACACUGCAUGGGAUUGGUGGACUUGGACCGGUCUUGGGCUGCAGAGACUCAUGGGUACUCGGUUCAGGUGAUGACUAUGGAGCCUGAAAGCUGUUCGCCAAAGAACAACAUGUUGAUGGGAAGGCCGCCGCAGAGGACUGCAGAGCCAGCUGGACAAGUCGAUGCAUAAUCAGGACUGUGAGCUCUACUGCACAGCUGAGCGUCUCCAGAAUCGUUGAAAUUGAUGCUGGGUCUCACAUGGCAGAAGCAUUUCUUUUAAAUGUCUGUUUUCAAGCAAUAUUGGUUUUAUGAAAGGUGGAAACUGUUAAACUGCAUUUUUAAAAGUCAGACUCUCAUUCUAAAAAAAUAAAGUUGGAACCAAAAAGGAUGGAAGGUGUUUUUAUUUGAACAGGGGGUUUGUUACAGGUGCUCUGUCCACAGCUAGCCACCAAUUUGCAGUGCUAUGAUUGUGUUUUUGCUGACACUGUGUGAUCAAACUGUCCAUGUACACAGAAGCAUCAGUAAUUUUACACUUACUUUGUUAAUUAAGCAAAUCAUACGUCGGCACUUGCAGACGAUCUGCAUAAGCAGUCAGAUCCUUCUGAUUAACUGCAGGGGAAGCUCAGAGCUAUGAGACUCAUCUGCAGGUAAAGAUCAACUAGGGAAUACCCUCAGCACUACCUCACCUUCACUUUCUGUGUAUUUUAAUCAAGUAGUGGUAGAGAAGCACCUUUAGAGGUAAAAAGCAGCUUUCAGCUUCAAAUAGUUAUGUUUAAAAUAAGUCUUUGUGUAAUUCUGUGGAGAAACUGAAUAUUUCUCAUAAAAGAUAUGUAAAUGGUCCAGCAUCCUGCAAAAGUACUUGCAUCCAUUGAAUUUUUACAAAUGUUGAUAUAUCUGCAGAUGUUAGAUUUUUAUAUGAUGCACUGCAUGACUGUGAGUUGGUAGCAAAAUUAUCUUUUUCAACAUUUCUACAGAUAGGAUCUGAAGUGUGCUAUAGGCCCUACUUCCAAGCCUUGCUGUUUUUUCUUUUGCUUUUGUUCUGGACUUUGACUGGGCCAUUUUUACAUGUCUUCUCAAAUUGACACACAUGGUUUAGUUGUUUCAUUGUAGCUCUGACUGUAUGUUCACUGUAUGUGUUAUUCUACUACGAUAUUAAUAUCUGACCCAGUUUUAAGUCUUUUUUUGCGGGUUUAUAUAAAGAUUGCUCUGUUUAGCUCCAUCCAUCAGUUCUGACCAGCUUUUCUGUCCCUAUAGAAAAGCAUCCCCAGAGCAUGAUGAUGCCACUCCCUGUGGUAAUGAUGUGUUCAGCAUAUAAGCAGUGGUAUUGACUGAAUUUCCCCUUUUGAGAAGAGAGAUUUUUUUUUUCUUUGCAUUUUAUAAAGAUCAUAUUUCUGAACUUCAAGACUUCUAAUUAUCCUGUCUGUGGAUUCUCCUACUGAAGCUGUGGAGUUCUGGAGCAUCUUUUGAGAAACUACCAUGAUCCUCUUGGCUGCUUCACUGCAUAGUUCUCUCCUGGCUUACCAUAUCAGUUUAAGUGGCCAUGUUUGGUAAGUUUGCAGUUGUACCAUACAUUUCCGUUGCUACAAAUGCAUAGCACAUAUUUUAGAUUUAUAUGUUUUAAGUUUUUCUUCCAAUUAACAAAUGUUGGUUUCUUACACAAAUGUUUGUGGAGCUGACAAAAUAUGUAAAAAAAAAAAAUUA